CAAUCACAGCUCAGGGACGUGGUCUCCUCACUGUCCCGGGAUCACGGGAGGGCAAUAUAUACGGAGACCAGGCAGACUGCCGUUGACCGUUGGGAGACGUUGAGCUGCGGAAGAUGAGUCCAAAGCCGAGAGCCUCGGGACCUCCGGCCGAGGCCAAAGAGACACGAAAGAGGAAGUCCUCCUCUCAGCCGAGCCCCAGUAGCCCGAAUAAGAAGACUACCAAGGUGGCAGAGAAUGGAAAAGCAGCCCGUGGAGGGAGAGACGGGAAGAAAGGGGCUGCGACAAAGAUGGCGGCUGUGACGGCACCCGAGGCGGGAGCGGGCCAGGCACCCGGCCCCAGUGACCAGCCCAGCCAGGAGCUCCCUCACCAUGAGCUGCCACCUGAGGAGCCAGCGAGCGAGGGGACACAGCACGACCCACUGAGUCAGGAGACCCAGCUGGAAGAACCACUGAGUGAGGGGCGCCCACCUACUCCCCUAUCUCCCUGAGCAGCGACUAAGUUCAGGCCCAGCCGCCAGACCUCAGAGAUCUCACCAGCAGGGUCCUUCCCAUGGUGAUGACAAUAAAAUGAAUGUGUUGCAAACUGA